CAUCCCCACUCCACAUCUCCAUCAAACAAACCAAAAAACACGCAACAAUGUCCGGAUUCCCUUCCCUCAAGCCUUUCGCUACUUGCCUGGCAUCGAUUGACCCCGGUAUUCCGAUCGGCCCGCUCAGCAGUGGUGGUUCGCAAAUCUUCGUCAAUGUCCCGAGCGCAACGAUCAAGUCGGAACCGGGCGUCUCGCCCUCGUUCAACGCCAGCAUCGUGAUGGGCGGCGACUGGAUCCACGCCGAUCCCGACGGCAAGCACAUGCGUCUGGACGUACGCACGGUGAUCAAGACGGACGACGGCGAGCACCUGACGUACGUGUACAACGGGAUCAUCAACGUCACCGAGGGGAUCACCAAGAUCCUGAGUGGCGCGCCCGACGCAAAGACGGUGGAUUUCGGAGACGUCUUUGCGACACCCAAAUUCAUCACCGGCAGUGAGAAGUACAAGUACCUCGAAAAUUGCGUCUUUGUCGCCGGUGGCAGGUUUGUCGUCACAGAUAGCGGCGUCCAGGUCGAGUAUAAGAUCAGUCAGGUUGUUUAGGCAUAUUGGGAUGAUGUGUACUUACCGAGGCUCGAGACUGGAAUUUUGUUUUGGUGUCGAUAUCCAUGAAAUUUGUUGUAUUCCGAGUGAUUACACGUGCAUCACUCAACCACCGUCCA